AUGCUGUGCACCUACAGCGCCAAGAAAGUCUCCACCAUUGCCGAUCUUCACGCCCUUCUCGAAGCUGCAGGGCGCAUCAACUACCACGUAAACGUCUUACAGAAAACAAAGUUCAGGAAGACGGACAUGAGGCAGUCGAGUGAUGGCAUACUCAUCAUUCGUGGUGAGGAAGUUCCAUCACGAAACAUUGGAAGAGUUGGGUUUGUCGUACACUUGUCUGUUGACCAUCUGGACUCACAUGAGAUUCUAUCACCUCGCCUGGCUAUCCUUCGACUCCCCUCUGCAUCAGAAAACCCCCACUAUCAUCAUUCUCCAAAAUCAGCAGUUGAUGACUCGGAACUAGAUGCUUUUUAUAAGUAUUUGGAGGAAAUCAUUCGCAAUGAAAAUUUAUUCUGUAAAUUCAUCGUGGGUGUAUGCAAAAAUCGCGAUGCCAGGGGAGCAUAGGA